CUUCGGAUUUUCUUACUACUGACAACAUUAGCGUGAAAUCGACGCAUUCAGCGUGUGACUGGCGACAUAAACGGUUGUUUUUUCAUAACGGAGAGAAAUACGUUUGUGUGACAGCUUGUGGCCAACUGCACAGCGUGAUGUCUGGAGAAUAUACAAAUAAUCGUGAGGUGUCCAGGGACGGGGCUGUGAUAGUCCCUGGGCUGAAGCUGGAGUCUCUACCCGAGGUAACUGACCCGCGGUUGUUACUGGCUGCCCAGCAGAGCAGGGAGUCCAACAUGAUGCUGCCUGUCAUUAAAGAAGAACUCCGCCUCCGAAUCAUGUCCAAGAUACACGCCCUUGGCAAGGAAGACAUUGUAGUUGAUUUCAACAACACCGAUACAAAAUAUGAGCUGACAGAGGCGGAACACGAGAAAAAGAGAAAACGACGUGAGCAGAACAGACGAGCAGCCCAACGGUGCAGACUGAAGAAGAAACGCAUGCAGAAGGGAACAGUCGAGAACUACGACAUGAUUUUCGAGAAACACGACGAACUAACGCAGGAAGUCAGCAGUCUCACGAAAGAGGUACAGGAGCUGCAGGCUAUUCUUGACGCACACAUGGUCUCCGGGACUUGUCGCCACAUGAAGUCUGACAUAACGAACGACGUCUCACCGUGCUUCCAUACACUGACUGGUGACGCCAACACGCAGAGUCCGUACGACGCAACGUCCCAGUAUGACGUCAGUACAUCAUACUAUGACGUCACUAACACACCGGUGAUGGAUGCCUUUUGUACUCUAAAUGAGUCAUCAUUUUUAAAUACGUUCAGUAGCGAGCAUGACGGCGAGGACGGCUGGGCGACUCAGAGUUUCCGACAGCAGGUUCUGUCCACGUCCAGCACGUGGUCCGAGCAACAGGACAUCUCGGACAUCGUCACCGAGGUCCUUGAUCUGGAGAAGAAAGAUUUGCCUGAGGAUCCGUUUGAGGACUGUUUGAGCCAGUCGUUAUGCGACCCAUCUCUUCAGAACCAAACCCUGUAUGACGAACAUCUAAGCGAGAAGCAGUAUCCGCAGCAACUAGUGGUGGACAAGCAACUGGAAGCCAUCCAGCCUCGAUGUAGUCCGAGUCCAGAGAUACUGUACCGCCACAAUCUACUGCUGUCUUCUGAAGAGUCCAGCAUCUACCAAUUCUCCCGGGACAAAUACCGUGGAGAAAACGGUGUCCAGCCUUUGGAAGGUCUGCAUACUUCCAACAGUUGCGACCAGAAUCAUUUUGAUCAUGUUAUAGCAGAGCCGUGAACGAUUUAACUCUAAGACGAGAGAUAUCACCGUAUAGUACUUUGUACUGAAAGAUCAAAGAGAUGCCAAGUCUCCCGAGGUCCAAAGCGAAUGAAUGAAUCAUUGCUGGAAUCGGAAGGAAUACAACGCAAAGCAGAACUAUGCAAAUCAUAACCAGACAAUCAUUCCACGCAUAUCAGUUGACUGUUAUAGAAAUGGACACAGAUAUAAACGCUUGUACACAUGUAUAUAUAUAUAUAAAAUAAUAAUAUACUCAGUACUGUGAUUUAUGUGAAGUGGGGAAGCUCAAUUUCAAAUAUGCUUUGUGUCAGAGCGAAUGCUAACUAUUCCAUAUAUAUUUAUACACUGACAGAGAGUAUGUUCGUUAAGUUGAAAAUGUUUUAUGUACCGUAUAUAUUUUUCUGACUGCGAUGAAAUUGUAUUCGUAUCAAAUUAUUAAUAAUAUGAUUAUGAAUAAAGGUUUUUUCUGUGGACUGCAGAUUUUAAAAACCUUUGACACUGAAUUAGUCAAAUAGUUUCUUUUCUGGCAUAUUUAUUUGAAACAAAUUUUAAAAUAUAUUUAAAAUAUAUACGAUUCCUUUUCUUUUUUUUGGGGGGGGGGGGGGGGGUGGUUUGGUUGUUUCUGUUUUUGUGUUUUUGUUUGAAGUGUGUUUUAGGGUGGGCGUUUUUUUGCUGGGGGAUUAAUAAUGUUCAUUCAAGGAUUGAAGUUAUAAUUAUUAUAUUGUUGGAAAAUGUUUUUAGACUAAUACUGUGUUAAGUUUUAAUCCUAUUUUAUUGUGUAUAUUUGUAUAUAAUUAUACUAAAGUAUUGAACACUGGCAUGUUCGGCUCAAAGGUGUAUGGUCCUCGCGUAAAAAUAAAAUAACUAAAUUCUGUAAUAAAAAUAUGGGGAGAGGAUGUAAUUCCUGCAUACUUCGAUGGCAGUCUUCGUGCGUAUUAAAAAAAUACGAAAUAAAAGUAAUAAAAUUAUAUGUCUUUUUCUUCGUGAAAUCUAUUUGAAGUGAUUGUCUUCCAAAUUCAUGUUUUUAAUGCUAGUCUCGACGUCGGAGUGGCUUUUCUUACCCUGGAUACAAGCUUUCCGACUUCAUCAUAGGUCCCAGCUCGUUUGAUAUUGGGUGUAUGUUUAUUAUAUGUUAUUAAAACUUUAAGUUACGUUUUGUUUUCCCAAGAUCUCAAUAUGUAUUAUAUGGAAUAAAUUAUGUUUUGUUAUGUACACGUGUAUACAGUUACACAUGAAUCAUGCAUAAUAAAAUUGUA